CGCAACUGCCAUUUGAAACGGAUGAGCACGCGACCAAAGCGGAGCUCGACGCCCGCGGCGCUGAUCAAAUCGCACGACAUUUCGACCAAGCAGCUCAUGGACGACGCGCUCGUAGACCACGAUGUGAGCGAAGACGGCGCCGACUCGGACGACACGGACGCCAAGAAGCAGCGCAAGGACGCCCAGCGCAUGUACCGCAUCAACUCGUACUCGUCGCUCAACAAGCUCAACAAAAAACCCGCGACGCCGGCGACACCGGCCGACGGCACACGCAAGCCAGCGGUGGUUGCCGCCGACGGGCCGUGUAAAAAGUGCCUUGCGAGCAAGGACAUGCCGUCGAUGCACUACGCGGCGUACGCCGGGCACCUCAGCUGCCUUCAGACGCUCCUCGCCACGGGGAUCCCGCCGCCCAUGGACAAGCACAAGCGGACACCACUCUUCUAUGCGUGCGCUGCCAACCAAGCAAGCUGCUGCGCCGAGCUAUUGGCCCAGCGCCCCGAGUGGAUCGAUGUCCCAGACGCGCAGCUCGACUCGCCCGUGCACGUGUGCUGCUUCUUUGGCUGGGACGCCUGCCUCGAGCAGCUCUUGGAUGCUGGUGCCAACCCGCACGUGCGCAACGCCAAGGGCUUUCGCCCGUCGCACAUCACAAAGACGCCGGCCUGCCUCUCGAUUCUCGUCGGCCAUGGGGACGAUUUGCUCCAAGGUGACAAGCUCGGUCGAACCCCCCUUUUUGUCGCCUGCACACGCGACCGCGUCGACUGUGUUGAGUUUCUUUGCUCGUGGGAUUACCAAGUGCAUUCGUGGAUGCUCGAGCAGGAAGACGACCGCAGCGACAGACCACUGCACGCCGCCGCCUGCAACGGCAGCCUCGGAAGUCUCCAGGUGCUCCUGAAAUAUGGCGCCGACGUGUACGCGAAAAACGUCAAGGGACUCACGGCACUCGACUUGGCCGUCACCAACCAGCACGAAGACUGCGCGGCACUUUUGCGCCAAAACAUCAAGGACACGGAGAAUGCCGCGACUUGGUUUGCGCCGUCACAGUCGCGCCACAACGUCGGGCCCGCGCCGACGACCGAGUGGAGCGAGUGCAUGGACACGGACAGCGGCCACCUUUUCUACUACAACAACAGCACGGGCAAGUGCCAGUGGGAGCUUCCAGCGGGCUUUGUGGGGCGGCAGUCUGCUGUGACGACACCGGCGCACUUGGCGCCACUGCCAGAAGCAUCGGCAGCGACCGACCCGAUGCCUGCCGUCGACGACGCGACGAGUGCGACGGCCACCAACCAGGCGACCGGAGGCGAGGAAGACGGUGGGGACUAUGUGUGGGUCAAGAAGAAGAAGACACUCAUCACCGUCGUCGCAAGCUCGCAGUCCGAGUGGUGCGUCGUCCAAGACCCGGGCUCCAAAGCCAUCUACUACCGCAACACAAAGACGGGCGAGUCGCAAUGGGAGGAGCCCGAAGCGAUCCAAAAGCUGCAGCACGAUGUGCACGCGCACACUUCGCAGCACGCCGCCGAGCUCUGGAACGACCUCAACAAAGCCCGCGAUACCUUGGCCGCCAAGCUGGAGGAAGAACGGACGCGGCAAGCGGCAUUGACGCAGACAUCCAUCGAGGUGUUUCAAGCCUCGAUCCAGCAACGGCGUGAGGAGAUGAAGCAAAAGGAACUCAAGACGCUCCUUCCGAAAUCGUCGUUUGUCAAGGCCAAGCGCAAGCCUCCGUCGCUCAAAGGACUCAAAAUGAGUAUGCACACAAUCCAAGACGUCCCCAACGAAGACGGUCCGGAAGACGUCGUGUCCAAAACCAUUGACGACGACCCAAUCCUGACGCUCUUUGUCGGGUCCUUUGUCCGGCCCGACUGCCACCUCUCGACGAGCAGCAACACCACCAACACCAUGGCGCAGCUGCACAAGCGGUCGGCCCGCAGCAUGCAGCUCGAAAUGACGGGCGUCCAGCGCAUUUACAACUGCGUAUUCUACUACUACCUCUCGCUCGCGGACCCGCUUGCGGCCGUCGGCAUGACAAAAGCUCAGUUUCGGACGUUUCUCAAGGACGCGUUGCUGUUACCCAACGCCGCAACGAAAGGGCCGCCACCGCCGCUCAAGUUGCACACGUCCGACAUGAUUUACACGCAGAGCAUCAUGGACGACCCGUCCCUCGCUGAAGCCCCCUCCAAGAAAGAUGCUCUGCUCACGCUUCCAGCGUUCCAGGCCGCCAUGAUGAACGUCGCCGACCGCGUCGUGGCCCAGCUUGACGAGAAGGUCGAGGCGACGAUCGACGAUGCCGGCGAGUGGCUGUGCCUCGAGUACAUUCUCCCGCUCGUGCGGCGGCUUGCGGGCAAAAUGGCCGAAACCGUCAAACGGUUUACGGACAUUGAGGCGCAAAUGACCAGUGCCCAAGGCCUCUUGGCGGCCAAUCGGUCUCUUUUCCAGGCCUUGCACAAAUUCUACAGCAGCGACUCGCGCUUCAAGCUCAUGACGUUUGCAACGUUGGUGGCCUUUACGACCGACUUUGACUUGACGCCGACGCUGUGCUCGGUGCCAAGCCUCUUUCACGUGUGCGAGGCCAUCAACUGGAUGUCGGGCAACGCGUACACGGUCGUGCUGUCGUACGACAAGUUUGUACAAAUCUGCCGGACGCUCGCGGUCGAGUACAUCAAGGACGGCGACGACGCCACGAGCAAACUCGUUGGGUUCCUCACGCACCUCAACGCGCACCGCCACAACCGCGCGACCACGCUUUUGACGGCGCCGCUCGUGUUACCUUCAUCGUUUGUCGUCGACAGCUGACAUAGAGUCGACAUGUGUUUGGGUACUCAACACGGAACGUUCGUUGCGGCUUCGGUCAGAGUGGGAGCGUGACGAUGGCGCCACAUCCUCGGCCCGUCUGGUCCGUGGCUCGUCAUUUCCGUU